AUGAAGUUGAACAUUUCAUUCCCUGCCAAUGGCAGUCAAAAGCUCAUCGAUAUUGAAGACGAGCGCAAGCUCCGUGUCUUCAUGGACAAGAGAAUGGGCGCUGAGGUUCCAGGAGACUCCGUCGGAGACGAGUUCAAGGGAUACAUCUUCAAGAUUACCGGUGGUAACGACAAGCAAGGUUUCCCAAUGAAGCAAGGUGUUAUGCACCCAACCCGUGUCCGCCUUCUCCUUUCCGAGGGUCACUCUUGCUACCGCCCACGCCGAACUGGUGAGCGCAAGCGUAAAUCCGUCCGUGGAUGCAUCGUCGCUAUGGAUUUGUCCGUUCUCGCCUUGAGCAUUGUUAAGCAAGGAGAGAGCGACAUUCCAGGUGUCACCGACGUUGUCCACCCAAAGAGAUUGGGUCCCAAGCGUGCCACCAAGAUUAGAAAGUUCUUUGGGCUCACCAAGGAGGAUGAUGUCCGUAAAUUCGUUAUCCGUCGUGAGGUUCAACCAAAGGGUGAGGGCAAGAAGGUCUACACCAAGGCACCAAAGAUCCAACGUUUGGUCACCCCACAACGUCUCCAACACAAGCGUCAUAGACUCGCACUCAAGCGUCGUAACUCUGAGCGUACCAAGGAAGCUGCCAACGAAUACGCUGCUAUCCUCGCCAAGCGUGUCUCUGAGGCCAAGCACGCCAAGGUUGAUGCCCGCAAGCGCAGAGCUUCUUCUAUGCGUAAGUAG